CAACUCUCAUAGGAAUGAACGGGGCCCCGCCUCCGACACUGUAUCCAGUUCUCUUUAGACAUCCAUGUACUACACGUCAUCACACCGAACACUAGUCCGCCUUUAACUACUGGCGAUGGCAUUUACUCUUCAAAAAUCAUAAAAGUGGAGUUCAUUUGUGGAGAUUACAAAACAUGGAAGUAUCACAAACUUGUGUUUGCUACAGAGUUUAUUUUCUGCAAUAAUCCAAAACCAAAUGGAAAAAUCCCAUUGGCUUUUUGUCAGGGGAACCAGUGCGAUGCUAACUUCUGGGUUGGACUACAAAAAUAUGUCAUCCCUGCAGCACUGUAUUGAGAACAUGAUCUCAAGUGUCCAUAAUGAGUCUCACACACUCUGUGGGUUGUUUUUGUUGAGCGUCAGUUGACAUUUGUCAUUUAUAUUAGGUUGGAAAAAUUAAAGUUUGUUGUACAAAAGCAUUGAAUUACAUCUAUCCAUCGGUCCGAGUACAGAAUUAGUCUUUUUGCACUUGCACUGUCUCAUGAAAUUCAUUCCAGCUUUAAAACUGUUAAACAAAUGUAAAAUGUAUCCCAUCGCCCCGUCCUGGAGACUACCUGUCCUUUUUAGUACAGCUGUUACAUAGUGACUGACUUCUGGCAUACAACGUGUGGUUCAUACAUAACUUUUGAGAAAUCUCUUUGAUGACAAAAUCAUUCUUAAAUUGUUGAAUUUAAUGUGGUUUUACAAUGGAAUCCUUAUUAUUAUUUUUUUAUUGCAAUUAGUCAUGUGCACACCUGCAUAGUUAUUUUGGCUGAUUAAACUCCGUUCACAGCUGGACGGAGUAAUACUCUAAUUAAGUAAGGUCACCAAAUGACAUGCACUAAUAAGAAUGAUAAAGGAGUACGUUUUCCUGCCCUCAAAGCUGCAAUCAAUCUAGCAGGAGGGUGAGGGAGAUGUCAAUCAAGCACAGCUUGUUCAUGCCCCCAGAGUCCUGAGAAGAGACCUAAUCAGGCAACAUGAAAACAGUGAAAACACCUGUGAACCAGAUCGGUCUGUACGGUGGUUUCAUUGGAAACUACGAGGAAGCUGUUGAAGUUGUUCGCAAGUGCACACACUCAGACCCUCGCUUCCGAACCCUGGCCCAGAGCAUGAUGUCUCACAACGGCUCAGACAAAGCUCGGACUCAAUACACAUUUGAAGCUCUACUACACAAGCCUUUGGACCGAGUAACCAAGACCACACUAGUGCUGCGUGACCUCCUGAAGACGACGCCAGUGGGGCACGGCGAUUACACGUUGUUACAAGAAGCUCUGAGAUUGUCACGCAGCUUCCUGUCUGGCAUCAACGAGAGUUCACAGAGCAAACGAGAGGUCACGCUCAGUCACGGCAUGAGGCGUAAGUUGAUGCGUGACGGCUUUGUGGUGGACGCGAGCGAGGUGGAACGCAGCCUGCGUCACGUCUUCCUUUACACCGACCUCCUGCUGUGCACUAGACUCAAACAGGCAACCAGAGGGAAGCAGGACCAGUACAGGUUCUGCUGGUAUCUGCCUCUCGCUGGUUUAAAACUCCGCUGGGUUGCAGAUCAAGAACGUUCAGCAGACGCACAGCUUCGCCUACACACCAUAAGAACCAAGAUUUACCUCCUCCGACAACAGCUAAAGCAUCACGCAAAAGGGUCCCGGGGUUUGGCUUUGGCAUCUCGUAGCAGGAAGAAACUGGAGCAAAUGGAGCUGAUGCUGCUCACACACUCCCCUGUUUACACACUGGAGCUGCACAGCCCCAGUGGCAAGAGUCACACUCUCCUCUUCUCCUCCCUGUACGAGCUUGAAGAAUGGAGAGAAGCCAUUCACGAACUCACCACAGACAACAUAGAAACGGUCCCUCCAGACCUGCUCACCCUCACAAGUGCAUGUGUGAAACUGAGAAUGACCCAGCAGCCACCACUUCACAGCACAAAUGCUGUGGAGGACGAGAAGUCUUUGUGUGGGACUCUGAGUGUGGCCGUCCACUCCGCCUGCGGCCUGCAGCAACCAGCCUGUGUGUAUGUGUGUGUGGAAGUGGACGGCUAUGAGUUUUACGAUAAACAAGCCCAGACGCACACAUCAGUCCACAGCCUCAACCCACAUUGGGACCAGGAGCUGUGUUUCCAGGUGGACGGGGCUCAGAACCUGAGGGUGUUCUGUGUGAGUCAGUCAGGUGGACAUGAUGACGCUGUCCUGGGCAAAGCUUCUGUAAAGUUGGACUCUAAAACCCUGAGUAAGCGAUGGAGGAGGCAGACUCUACACCUUGGCCAGGUGGAGGUGACUCUCUCCCUGAAGUACUGCCCCCACACGCUUGAACCACCGAGCCCUAAAGCUCAACAACAUCCCGUCUUCUGUUUCCCCAUUGAAACGGUGGCUCAACAGGAGGGAGUGCUCGUCCCACAUGUGGUGCGCUGCUGCGUGGAGGAGGUGGAGAGGAGAGGCCUGGACGAGGUGGGCAUCUAUAGGGUUUCAGGAACCUCCAGUGACAUCAGCACGCUCAAGGCUGCGUUCGACAGCAAUCUGCGUGAAGCAGUAACCCGAAUGAGAAGUGCUGAGGUGAACGCUGUCUCCGGUGUUCUCAAACUGUACUUGAGAGAGCUGCCUGAGCCUCUCAUACCCACUGAGAUGUUUCAGAGCCUGGCCAGGACGCUGGACAUCCAGGACAUGAACUCCCGGCUUGUCUCCAUGUUGUCCCUGCUGCACUCCUGUCCUGACCCCAACCGCCACACCUUCCUGUACCUCCUGCACCACCUCCAACGAGUCUCUGAGAAGGAGGACGUGAACAGGAUGUCUCUGAUGAACCUGGCUACAGUGUUCGGUCCGAGCCUCUUACGCCCCCCUGUGGUUGGACUGGGCUACAAUGGCCCCACCGUGGAUAUCACCCAGGAGGUGGUGGUGCAGGUUCAAGUGGUUUUCUUCUACCUGCAGUGCAACAACCUCCCUGAAGCCCAGACGUCUCUGCCACAUGACACAGACGCUGAAGAUGAGACCACCCACAUGUGAGAGACCACCAUCGGUGUCACGGCUGGCAGCAAACUCAAAUACUCUGUGUGUGUAAAGAAAUAUAUCUGUGUUAAAAAUAAAAGUAUUUAUUCAUAAAAA